AUGGACAGCAGCCUCCUAGCCGUAGUCGUGGCCACUGGGUCACCUAGAGCAAUAUCCCUCCCCAAGCCGCUUGGGAAGAAGGCUGUGUAUGGUUGGUGUUUGAUCCUUAUGGAAGUUUCGUCCCUGGUGUUCAUCAUGGCCAUCCUGCUGCUGCUGCUGCUGCUGCAUCAGCGCGACCCCCAGUGCUGCCAGGUCCUCUGCGCCUGCCACUUCUUCCGGAGUCCCAGCCAACACGUAAGCACCCCUACCCACCAACCCCUUGCCCAUGCCCCUCCACCCCAAUCCGAACCAAAGGGCACCUGUGCUCUGGCCAAGGAGAAGCAAUUGUUUGUUCAGUAUGGAAGGGGCCUUCGGAAUCUCUCCUCUGAUGAACUCCACGGCAUCCAGCCUGGGUUUCAGGGCAGCAGUGUGUUAAAGGGCUGCCCCCCUCAGCACUUGAGCACCAUGGGAUGCUCCACUGUGGUCCAGCCAGUGACAAGGAGCGGAGAGUCCCUGGGGAUGCAGGGCCAUCCCCAGGGGGACGAGAUAUUCCCUGUAGGGCUGCUCAGGAGCCACCAGCUACCCCUGUGGCAGCCAGCUCGCCUGCCCAGCUAUGAGAGUGUUCGAAAGAAGGAUCGGCAGCAACAAAUUCACCAGCUGAUUGCACAGCGCUUCGGGCUCUGGGCCUGCAGAGAGGUGAAAUUCCAGCCCUCCCAGCCUUGGGUGCCCUGGCUGCCACCAAGCUAUGAGGAAGCCCUAAGGUCACUGCCUACAGCAUCACCCAACCUUGGCUCUGCUCACCCAUCCCAGGAAGCAGCCACCUGCCCUGCACAGGGAAACACCACUGUGUAGGAGGGAGCAACCAUUCUUGUCCUGCCCUUUCCAUUUCUCCAGGGGACUGGAAGGGACAGCACUGAGCUUACGGAAGCAGCCCCCACCAAUGUCCCCUAAUGACUACUCCAGCUGGGCCAUGGCACCUAAGGCCCCCACGCAGGACGGCAAAGUGAACCCCCACAAAGCCCAGGUCACCUUUGCCAAGGAUCUGCAAGAGGUGAAGAAUCUAGGGUCGCACCGUGAGAGAAUGAGGUAACAAGUUCAAGGCAGAAUUUCAGGAUUGGGAGGCUUCUCUGUCCCUGCCUUCAGGGCAGAGGAGAGUCCUCGAAAGGAAGCCACUGGACUGCAAUCAACACCACCUACCUCCAACAGCCAGGAAUGAGACUGUCCCCUAAAGCAAGAUUUCCUUCACGGGCCUUCUACUCAAAGCCAAGCCUCUAAAGGUCAUGGUUGGUAUGACAAUGAAGGUCUGCCCCCAGCCCACUUUAGGCCCUCACUGAGAUUCCUGAAGGCAGAUUCUUUGCUGCUGUUU